UACACUGCUUCCUGUGUCCUGUUGCCUCACAGGUAUUAUGGAGGGGAAAAGCUGCCACUAGGGUGGAGAUAGAGCAGCUGAUUCCUGACUUUGAACAGCUAGACACAAGGGUACAAGAGCCCAACUUGGAGUUGUGUGGUUGCUGAAGGGUGAAAUGCCGGUCAAGAUCUUGGUGUGCAAUAUCUCUCACAAUGAAGAGCCGGAUACCUCUUGUUCUCCUCGCCUGCGGCUCCUUUAACCCCAUCACAAACAUGCACAUGCGUUUAUUUGAGCUGGCAAGAGAUCACCUUCACCAAACAGGAAGGUACCGGGUGAUUGAAGGUAUCAUUUCUCCGGUCAGCGAUAACUAUGGAAAGAAAGGCUUGGUUUCAGCAAGGCACCGGGUAGCUAUGGCUCAGCUUGCACUGGAGACAUCAGACUGGAUUAGAGUGGAUCCAUGGGAGAGUGAACAGGAGAAGUGGACUGAGACUGUAAAGGUGCUAAGGCACCAUUAUAAUGAGUCGCUCAGAUCGCUCCAUUUCAGGAAGGAACUCAUGAGAAACAAUUGGCCCACAGAAAGAGCUACUGAGGAUUUCCUUUCUUCAUUGGACCCAGUUUCCCCAGAGUUAAAGCUGCUUUGCGGAGCUGACAUUCUGAAGACAUUUAGUACACCUAAUCUCUGGAAGGAGGAACAUAUUAAAGAAAUAGUAGAAAAGUUUGGUUUGGUGUGUAUUAGCCGUGCUGGCUCUGACCCUAUUCAGUACAUCAGUGAAUCAGAACUUCUAACUCGAUUCCAUCACAAUAUCCACCUGGUCACAGAAUGGAUUCAGAAUGAAAUCAGUGCCUCGCAUAUACGACAUGCUCUAUGCAAAGGACUAAGUGUGAAGUAUCUCAUUCCAGAUUCUGUCAUUUCCUAUAUUAAGGACUAUAAUAUCUACACAGAAGAGAGUGAGAGGGAAAAAUAAAGGGGAUUUAACUUCAGCCUAUGAAAGUACACAACACAACAAUAAACACACUAAAUGAUUGAUGUUUGUAUUCCACCAAAUGGGGAGAACACAAUGGCAUUUAUUUUUGGAAAAUCCCUGCAAAGCACAAUCUUUGUGUAUGGAGGAAAGUGAAGUAGGUUGUGGGGAGCUGCAACUAGCUAUACUUCUGAAAGUUUGUAGAAUAAUUCAGAACAGUUUUUGUUUUACUGCUGAGUUCAUGCUUUCCUAAGCUGUUAUGUGCAAAGGGCUAUCGGUUUUAAGAUCUCCACUAAGAGUUAAUUUACAUUACAUUUCUUCUGUUUUUAACGCAAAUAUUAAAAUCUUUAGUAAUUUUUGAGGGAUUCUUGUGGUGACUUAAAUUAUCUCAAUGGCUGUAGUUAGUGCUUUCCUGUAUUAUAAUCCUCUAAAACCAGAACUGUUUCAGUUUGAACGUGUCUUGGCCAUUCGCAGGCAGUAAGAAUAAAAUUGUCAUAUUUCUUUCUCAGGAAUAUUUUCAAUAAACUGCUAAAAUGUA